AUGCAGCGUGGGUUAUCCUUCUGUGCUGCGCUUCGCGACGCAGCGUGGCGGCGCAAGGUAGUCUGGGAGCGUAUGAUCCAAUCCCUUCGUUUCGAAACGCGGAGUGUAUCGCAGGUACGGUAUCGUGCCAGUGGUCAGCUCGCGCGCUCACUUCUUAGCGGAAACAGCGAUGCUUCUGGGUCCCAGUUUCUAGCUGGAUGGGGACAUGCUGCCCUGUUUGACUCUUGA